GUAAAUAGAAAAAUAGGGUUCUUCGUCUAGCUAGGCAAUGGCGGAGCAUCUCUACGCCUUGGAUUUCGACGGUGUGCUAUGCGACAGCUGCGGCGAGGCAUCGAUCGCUGGCCUGGAGGCCGCGAAGCAGCGAUGGCCAGAGCAUUUCAAGCGCGUCGACGCACAGCGCGAGGCCGAGAUUCUCGAGAGAAUGCACACGGUAAGACCAGUGGUGGAGACGGGUGACGAUUUCUUGCUACUCGCUCGUGUGCUGGCCAAAGUCGAAAAUGGAACCUCGAUUGCGUCUCACCUCGACGAGGAGAACAUCCUCGAGUCUUGGACCGAGUCGAUAAAGCGAUCGUUUAUGGAAGAGAUUGGAGAAGCACGCCACAAGCAGGAGCUGGAAGAUCUUCUGGGAAGCGUGAGGGACGCCUGGAUCUCGCGUGAUGUACACGGAUGGCUCAAGGCUAACAGGUUCUAUCCAGGAAUCUCGGAUGCAAUUAAGUUCUCCUCGUCCAAACUGUUUAUCGUUACUACGAAGGAGGCGAGGUUUGUGACAAUGUCACUCAAGGAGCUGGCAGGAGUGGACUUCCCAGAGGAGAAUAUAUAUGGACUGGGAUCCGGUCCUAAGGUGGAGGUAUUGAAGAAACUCCAGAACCGGGCAGAGCACCAAGGAAUGACACUUCAUUUUGUGGAGGACAGGCUUUCAACCUUGUUGAAUGUGAUCGAUGAUCGAGUGUUGAAUAAUUGGAACUUGCACCUUGCUAGCUGGGGUUACAACACUCCCACAGAACGGGAGGAAGCUUCAAAAAAACCGCGCAUCGAAGUACUGGAAUUGGCGGACUUUUGCUCCAAACUGAAAUGACUCGGACCGAUCUCUGUCGUCUACACUGUUUGGGGAAUCGGGCUUGGUGGAGACGACAAAGCUUGCAGCGACUCCAAACUUCGGCUUCUAGCAAACGCAAAGGAUCUAGAUUACGGGGCACGGAACAGGUUAUUUCCAAAGAUACGCAAAACCAGCAGCCUUCAUCAAGCAGCUUAUCAGGGAGGAUUUUUCGCGUCUUUCCAAGAAGCAAAAAUGCAUCUUUGCUGGCUAUGGCCGUGUGUGUGAAGAAGUCAGGGGGGAAGGAUUCCACAGCAGGAGCGUUCACCUGGUAACGUCCAUGAAGCAGCAAUACCUAAUCGCGAUGCCAGCAACUGUCGCUUCGCUCCAAUUGGCUGCUCUCCAUCGACUACGGCCCCGAUUCUUCACGGGAAUCUCUGUCAAAGAGGCAUUUUUUGGUGGCCGGAGAGCACGAAGAGAUGCGGCUCUAGCGGUUCGUGCGACGAAGAAGAGCAGCAGCGGGGACAACAAUGGUUUCAAUGGCAACGGGAAGAAAGUCCCUCGUUUCGGCACGCCAUUUCCAGAUGGAAACUCGGAGAUUGACAGCCCCGUGCCAUGGGACCAACUUCCUAUCAACGAGUUCAACAGCUUACAGGAAUCCCAGUACUUCUCCUGGGCCGUGGAGAGCGUCUGGCUUUACUCGAUGAAGAUUGGUGGGAUUGCUGCGUGCUGCACCGUGUUCUUGGGAUGGCCGGUCGCGUCACUCAGCGUGAGUCCAGAGUCCGACUUGCUCAAGUGCACACUCGGGGCUUUGAGUGGGGGUCUCAUGGGCGCAACGUUAGCAGCGUUACGACUCUACCUUGGCUGGGCACACAUUGGAGACCGUCUGUUCAGUGUUACAGUCGAGUACGAGGAGACUGGGUGGUACGACGGCCAGACUUGGAUCAAACCCCCGGAAGUUUUAGCUCGCGAUCGGCUGGUUGGCGCUUACACGGUGAAGCCAGCUCUCAGCAGGGUGAGAGUGACGCUCAUUGGAUUGGCAGUCUCGCUCUCCAUCUGCGCCGCAUUACUCUUCUCCAUCCCG